AUGUUUUUCUCUGGAGGUUUUGCUGGUAUUGCUGCUUCUGUUAGUGGAGAUGCUAUUUUUCUGCAUUUUAUUCGGCUCCUGCAGCAUGCACCGAAAAACCGAGCCGAAGCUGCGCGUUUCUUAGAACUGUUGUUCGGAAGUCCUCCGCAUCCGUUGCCCCUCAUCCGACCUCAACGCACGUUUGCUGUUUUCCUCAUCAAGGAACUGCCGCUUUUGCAGUUGCACCUGGAGCAAGAAGAUCACAUGCAGCAAAAACAGCAGCAGCUCCAUUCGCAGCAACAAACACAGCAACAGCAACAGCAAAUCCGUAAGCUACUCAAGCAGAGGGGAUUCUACAUACUGUGGGAAAGAGAGAUGAAGCUGGACAAGGAGGCAGUUGGCCUUCUCUGUCAGGAGUGGCAGGACCGCCCUGGCUACGAUUCUCUUUCGUCUUCACUUGAGGGUCAGCCAGCCUGGACCUUGUUGCUAGCGCGCACUGGAGCCCCUCGUGUCUUUUCGGAUCUAUUGGGGUCCUGCUGCCCCAUGCCUCUAGGAGCUGCCGCUGCCGCUGCAGCAGUAACAGCGGCAGCAGCUGCUGCUGCCGCAGCAACGGCGGCCAGAGUCUUGGCGAGUGAAAACGGCGGCAGCAGCAGCAGUGGAGAAAUUCUUGCAGCUAGGAUGCGAGCAGAAAGAGCCGCAGCAACAGCAGCAGCAGCUGCUGCUGCCGUUGGGAUGCCGCGACCAAGCAGCUUCUGCGGAAUGGCCCGCCGGUGUGUUGGCUUUGCUGCAGCAACCGAGGAGGAGGCAGCAGCACUCGCUACCGUGUGUUCUGACCGGCAGCUGCCACUGUUGCUACCACCUACUGCAGCAAACACUGCAGCAUCGUACCUUUUAGAGGCCGGAGACGCAAUCGAAGGCCCGUCAGCGUGCCUCAAGGCUCUGUGUGAGCAGAAUCCUCGACCCCAGGGCCUGAAGGCGAUUGCCUGGAUGGGCCAUUGGAUAGAAGACGAGGUCAAAAGAGAAAGACAGUUAAAGCAAGAUUUGGCUAACUCUGCUAACCUUGCAAACAGCGUACGCCCUGGAGAAGAAGGAAAGAACGCUGCGGAGAAACAGCAGCAGCAGCUGCAGCAGCAGCAAAAUCGACAGAAUCCUCAGCCUGAGCUGCUAAAGGUGGCUGUGGCUGCAGAGGAGCCUGCAAGGGCCCUACGGGACCUGCUUAAUUUGAAGCUGUCUCAGCGCAAGACCUGCAGCAGCAGCAGUACUUGUGGUAGCAACAGCAACUGCAACCAUGCAAUGCUGAUAUCCGUAGAAAACGAAUUGGGAGCCAAGGACUGGCGGCUCUUGACAAGGGCUUUCUCCGAAGUGCAGCCCCUCACAUUCAUUCCACAAGGCACAGUUGUCUCCGGAGCUGCCGCGUUGACAGCCCUCGCUCGUGCAGAGGCCACCGGCCGGCUUGUCAAGUACUGCAGCAGCACAAGCACUCGUACUGCUCUUGCUGCUGCGCUGCGGCCCUCUCUUUUGUUCGUUUUCGCCGACUCGGGGUUGCCCCUUGCGCCACUGCUGCAACGGCUGUGCUGCUCUCUCGGCCUGGCUCACAUUGACAUGGAUAAACUCGCAGUGUCAGCAGCACCAGGUGUUGUUGCUGCUGCUUCUGGUGCUGUGAAAGUCAAGGUUUCUCAAGCAUCCCUCUCCGCGGCUGUGACUUGCCCUGCUCUGAUAGACAAAGUAGCGGAGCUCCAGAAAGAAGGCAAGAACCUGAGCCCUAAAUUGCUGCCCUCUAAUUGUUGGCUCGAAGCAUUUAAACUUAAAAAGCAAUAA